AUGAAUUAUAAUGUUAUUAAAGCAUUAGAUCAAGAAGAGACAGGUGACCUUAUCAAAUACUUCAAUUAUACAGAUGGAAUACUUGAAGCUAAUUCAGGUGUUCAUGAUAAUAAAUGUUUAUCAAUAGAUUCAUCUGAUCCACCAUGUCCUGUACAAAAAGGAAUGUAUACUAAAGUAAAAUUGACAGAUGAAUCAAUUCAAAUUACAAAUAUAGAUAAAUCAUCUAUUACUGCAUUAGUUAGAAUUCAAAUUAAACCAACUGAACAAUUUUGGACACAAAUAAAAGAUAGUCAAGAAGGAGAUAUUUCAGGAUUUCAAACAGGAAGAUUAACAGCAAUAGAAUAUUUUGUAGGAUUAAAAUCAUCAACACAUUUAUUUGAUGCAUAUCGUGUAUAUUCAAGAAAUAAGAAAACAGCAUGUGAACAAACAGAAGCAUUAUAUGAGAAUGCAGCUAUUAGAAUGUUAAAAGCACAAGAAGAAUUAGAUUAUAAACCAGGAAUUUAUACACAAUGGGAAGCAGCAUAUAAACAUGAAGAUAAUGUAUGUGGAUGUUAUUUUAAUCUUCAAGAAAUUAUUAAAGCACCAAAUAAUACUAUUGAAAAAGAAUUUGAAGUAAUUAUUCCAUUAGAUGAUUUAUUACCAUUUGCUGCUAUGAAAAUGUUUCCUAAUGGAAUUUAUGGAAAUUUAACACUUGAAGUUAAAAUGGCAAUUCAACAGAAUUUUGUUAUUUGUCAAUGUAAUCAAAAUACUAUUAUAAAUAAAAUUAGUAAACAAAUCAAUUCCCCAGUUAAAGGAAAUUCAUUAGUACUUAGUAUUGGAAUUGAUCAAAUGAAAGAAAGAGAUUAUUAUGGAGUAUUAAAUAGUAAACAUGAGAAUUGUUCAUUUACUCAAAUUGGAGAUACAUUUAUUACAUCAGUGAUGUCAUUACAAAAAGAAAGUAAUCAUGAAUUAGGUGUUCUCACUCCAAAAAAUAUUAAAAGUUGUUUUACUAUUACAGAUGGAAGUUUAAGAUAUUGUAGAACAAAUAUUAAUGGAUUUAAUAUUAAAGAUAGUGUAAUGAAUGAAUUAAUAGAAAAAUAUCAAACAAAAGAAUUAAUUAUUCCAUCACAAUAUGUUGAUUAUCAAGCAUUUUCACAAAAACCAUUAAGUAAUGGUUUAAAAUGGCAACGAAAAAAAGCAAAUAAUUGA